AAAUCUGUCUGCCUCAUCCUUCUGCAUAGGGUUUUUCUGGUGGUCACCUCCCACUCCCACCAAUCCAUGGGGGUCCAUUGGCCCUGCUUUGGGCCCUGUCUCUCCAGAAUCUCUAUUCUUUCUCGACAGGAUCUAUCCAAGAGAAGCAAAACUACUUACCCUCACCUACCAAAGACACUGCCCAUCCAUAAGAGAGAGCCUUUGCAUUUUUAUUCAAUCAUUUAGUUCCUCUUUGUCCCAAAACUAUUAUAAUAAUUGGGGUAAAAUCACAGGGUUUAUGAAGAUUUCCUUCAUAAUCUUCCCCCAAAGGCUACAUCUAGCACUACAUCUAGAACAGGCUCAAAUUUUAAAGACCUUGGCUUUUGUAGUCACUAUAAAUACAAACCAAUUGGCCAUGACUAGACAGCCCAAGAGAAGUGACGACUGCCCAUGUGAGCAGAGUUAGGUCCAGGCAAACCAAACCAUAGUGAGUGAUUAUAAGUGAGGAAGCCUGGACAAGCUGUACCGCCGCCAACGCAGGCAGCAGCAAGGAGGGAGAAGCAGGCAGUAUAUUCUGGAAGCCAGGCAGAGGAUCAGGAACCAAAGUCUGUCACAGAAAGCUUUGCCAACCUGAUCCAUGGCUUGAAAGUGGGACACCUGACAGAUGACGUCAUUCACAAAAGCAAGAGGAUGAUUCUGGAUACGCUGGGGGUGGGGUUCCUGGGGACCAGCACAGAAGUGUUUCACAAAGUUAGCCAAUAUAGUAAGAUCUACAAUUCCAACCCAUCCAGCACCGUUUGGGGUCGGUCGGACUUCAGGCUCCCACCCACAUAUGCUGCUUUUGUAAAUGGUGUGGCGAUUCACUCGAUGGAUUUUGAUGACACGUGGCACCCCGCCACCCACCCUUCUGGGGCUGUCCUUCCUGUCCUCACAGCUUUAGCAGAAGCCCUGCCUGAGAGUCCAAAGUUUUCUGGCCUUGACCUGCUGCUGGCUUUCAACGUGGGUAUUGAGGUGCAAGGCCGAUUAUUGCAGUUCUCCAAGGAAGCCAGGGACAUACCAAAACGAUUCCAUCCCCCUUCUGUGGUAGGAACUUUGGGCAGUGCUGCUGCUGCAUCCAAGUUUUUAGGACUCAGCUUGACAAAGUGCCGAGAGGCCCUGGCCAUUGCUGUUUCUUAUGCCGGGGCGCCCUUGGCAAAUGCUGCCACCCAGACCAAGCCCCUCCACGUGGGCAAUGCUGCCAGGCACGGGAUAGAAGCCACUUUCCUGGCGAUGCUGGGUCUCCAAGCGAACAAGAAGAUCUUGGACCUGGAGAGAGGGUUUGGGGCCUUUUAUGCCAACUAUUCCCCGAAAGCCCUUCCAAGCCUGGAUUCCCACGUUUGGCUGCUGGAGCAGCAGGACGUAGCCUUCAAGCGUUUCCCCGCUCACCUGUCCACCCACUGGGUGGCUGACGCAGCUGCAGCCGUGAGGAGGCAUCUUGUGCUUUCAGACGGGGCCCUGCUUCCUAUCGACUGCAUUGAGAGCAUCGUGCUGAGGAUUCCAGAUGUGCAGUAUGUCAACAGGCCCUUCCCAGACUCGGAGCACGAAGCCCGCCAUUCCUUCCAGUACGUGGCCUGUGCCAUGCUGCUGGAUGGCGGCGUCACUGUCCCAUCCUUCUACAAACACCAGAUCGGAAGGCCACAGCUCAGGGAGUUGCUGAGGAAGGUGAGGCUGGAGCACCCUCCAGACAACCUGCCGAGUUUCAACACGCUGUACUGCCAGAUAAGUGUCACCCUCAAGGAUGGAACCACCUUCACAGAGCGCUCAGAUACUUUCUAUGGUCACUGGAGGAAACCACUGAGCCAGAAGGAUCUACAGGAAAAAUUCAAGGCCAAUGCCUCCAGGAUGCUGUCCUGCCACACGGUGGCAAGUCUUCUAAAGGUAGUAGAAAAGCUGGAAGAACUAGAAGACUGCUCUGUGCUGACCACACUUCUGAGAGGCCCCUCUCCUCCAGAGGAGGCUUCCAAAGUACGCAGCCUGUAACCUCUCCCAGUGCUUAUCAACAUCUAAACCACUUCGCUUAGGGAGAUUCAAUGAUUUGCUUUAUAAAGUGAGGGUCUGGUGCUCAUUCAGCCUAGGAAUUAAAAAAAAAAACAAGGUGGAACCA